CAUAACCGCAAACAAUGGAGAAACUUAACGGCGUUCAGGUUCAAAACGAGCCUAUUAAUCUGGAUUCUCUUCGCACACCACCUUCAUUGCCGCCCCGUGAGCUGGUCAAGGAGUGGCCAACAGAAACGCACAAGCUUGAAGAAGACCGCAAGAGGUGGGCUGUGAUUGCUUAUGAUACAGUUCUUAUUCUCUUGCCACUUGCUCUGCUCGCUAAAGCAAUUGUGGUUGCCGUAUUUGGACAAGAUGGCGACACUGGCGGCCAGCUUGAUCUCGUUUCGCCAGUGCUGAUCAGGCUGGACGAGUUCAACAGCCAAUUGGUUACCUUGUUUACCAUUGUGUUUGCGACGAUCAUUGCAACUCUUGUUAGACGAUAUGCGCUCUGGAAGUCACAAAAGGGAGCAUCCGUCGCAACGCUGGAACAGCUACAUUCUAGCAUCAGCUUGCCAAAGACGUUGUCCCUGAUCUGGUCGCUUCGGGCGUUUUCUUUGACCAGUGUAUUGUUGGUACUCAUUUGGUCGUGGUAUUACCUCGGGUCGCAAGCUGUCUCCAGAGAACUUGCCUUCCAUGAUAGCGCUGUGCCUUACAAUGUAAAAAUGGCAUAUCCAAGCUCCUCUGGCCCCUCUGCAUUCGAUUUUGGUGUGCCGAACUCGACUAUUUUGGCUAGAACGAAUGCCAGAUACCUGAGUAGUCUAAUGAGUCCAAAGGCUGGAGCUCUCGUUGCUCAAACAGAAACCAUCAGAACAGGUUGGGACGAUGGCGGCAACGCCUUGAUUCCGGUGUGGGACUUUCUUUUCGCCGAUACCUAUGAAGCAAUGCACAUGGAGACGAGCGGCUGGUGGACAACAGACCUUCCAAGCUACCAGAUAUGGUCCUCAAACAUAGGCAUUCCGUUCAAGGGGUUGUUCAAUGACAGCACCUGUUUGGGUAGCUCAGACGCCUAUGGGUGCUAUUUGUUGACUGAUCGUCUCAUUGGAAAAGUAACUAUAAACACGAGUUAUAUCCAGGCCAACUGCUCUGAAGUUGUCCUUGCAGGAGAAACAUUCGCCAACAGCACCACGCCUCAUUUUAACACGCUCUUCAACAUGACCAACGCAACCAUACCCACGAUUAAGAUCUCCCACAGAUAUAAUGAAAGCUCCAUCCAAACGUUCUGUAAUCUUACACAGACUGGAGUUGAAAUGGAGGUAGAAUGCAGUUCGCAAGGUUGCAAAUCAAUUCGAUCUCGUCCAUACCCGGACCAAAGGCUGGCUAUCGACCUCUUCUACAACACAACCAUUGCACAGCUUUUCCUUGACAACAUGGUCCAAGCUUCGGGCUCUCCUGCCUACGAUGGCGACAACUAUCUUGAUAGUGACAGCUGGUUCAGCGACGCUGUGCUCAAGCUCGAAAACUAUUCUUCAUACUACGCAGAAGAAUCUCCAGCCAAAGUGGCGCUUUUCCCCUCCCGAGCACUAACAAAGCUAUUAAAUAGUUACCUAUCAGCCUCCCAACAAGCCCUCAUUAACACCACGGAUUCUAAAGCUAUAAUAGACGGGAUCCUUGGCAAAUCCUUGAACACCUUCUCAACUGCAACGAUGAAUGGUGCACCAUACUCUCCGCAAUACCGCAUCUCUUGGCCAUGGAUGGCUCUCGAUUUUGUUUCAUGCGUAGUGUUGCUGGCAGCCUCCUCCCUUGCUGUUGCAAUUGGAAAACGCACAUUGGCUCCUGAUGUUUUUGGCUAUGUGUCAUCGCUUACCCGCGACAACCCCCAUAUCAAUCUUCCUGAUGGAGGCUCGACACUUUCAGGGUUGGACAGAGCGCGUAUGCUGAGAAAAGUGAAGGUGCAGCUGGCUGAUUUGAGCGGCGAAGAUGGCGUGGGCAGGGUUGGACUGACAGUAGCGGGAAGUGGAGACACUGGAGUAUCGAAAUUGCAAAAAGGAAAGCAAUAUAAGUAAUAUCGGGGCAGGUUCAGCAUCAUUGUAUGAUGUACUUAUGAGAUAAGAGAUAGUAGUCACAUUUUCUGUGCAAAAUUAUAUACGUAUUUC